CACCAUUAACUAAACAUCAGACACCAGACAGACACAAUAGUAUAGAAGAAUUUUAGGUUUUUUUUCAGGCUAAUGUUAAUAUUGUUAAAGAAAACGAACAGCUGCGGUAACAAAGAGACACACACAAACAUCAGACACACAAGCACACACACACACACACACUAAUACAAAGCAAAACUAUAAUUUGCCAAGUGUUGUGUGCUUGUUGUUAAUGCCAAUCGAUGUUGUAGUACCAGUACCUGUGUGUGUGUGUGUGCAACGCCCGCCUCCCCCGUUCCCAUAGCCCAGGGCACAACCCACCCGCACAACAUGGAAAGUGAGAAGAUUUUGAUGGCCGCCGGUGUUACGGUCGCCGCCGUUGUCGGUGCAUUUGUCUUCUGGGGACCAUCGGGUUCCCGCUUGCGUCAGCGUCGCGGCCAAAUCGCCGGACUCCACAAUUUUGGACGCACCUGUUUCCUGAACACACUGCUGCAGGCGCUGGCUGCCUGUCCGCAGUUUAUUGCCUGGCUGCAGCUGUACAAUGGCGCCACGCCGGAUCGGAAGAGCCUGAUUAGCUCGAUGCUGAACACCUUGGAGGUGGUGAAUGGCACGCAUGCGACGCUGCGCGGUGAUCCCCAUUCGCCGGGCGCUGUGCUGCGCGCCUUGAACACAUUGGGCUGGGUCAUACCGCAGGAGGAGCACGAUGCACACGAGCUAUUCCAUGUGCUGCUCUCGUCGUUGGAGGAGGAGGCAACACGGCCGCAACAAGUGGGCUGCCUGUCGGACGCACUGCUGCCCGUUGCCGCUGGCAUCAAUCCGAACAACGGCAACGGCAAUGACACCGGAGAUGGUUUUGGUGCUGCGUCAGCGGCAGCUGCUGCUUAUCGCACGUGCAACAUGGCCGGUGUCCAGCAGCGCAUUGGUGAUCAGCCGAAUCGGCCAUCCAGUGCCAUGCUCUCGGAUUUUUUGAAUAUGGAAUACGAUGAGUCGACCAGCCUGCAGCGUCUGGUGCGCUCCGAGGCGCAUACGCCCGACUCGCCGGCCUCGGUGUGCGAACGCGAAACGGCCGAGAUUCUGACGCCGUCUGCUGGCGGUGCCUCGUAUCUGGCCCAUUCGCCGUUUAGCUAUCAAUCGGCCAUGGAGUUUAUGGAGCCGCAAACGCAGCCCCUGCCCGCUUCACCCGUACUGGGCGGCGAGCGCUUGUCGCGUCCGCGCCAGACCCAGGCCCAGACCCAGCAGCUGCAGCAGCAGCAGGAGAAUCACAGCGAGCGCCUCAAUCGACGCGUGUCCAGCUCAUGCCGCUCGCUGGAGCGUCUCAAUCGCGGACCCGGACGCGUCUCCAUCUGGUCGAGCAUGAUGCCCAGCCAGGUGGCGCAUCCGUUUCAAGGCGCCAUGGGCGCCCAAAUUGUUUGCAAUGGCUGCGGCUCCAAGUCCGCCGUGCGCUACGACAAAUUCGACAGCGUCACCUUAAAUUUGCCCGCACAACGGCGCUCCGGCCUGAGCCUGGGCCAUUUGCUGAGCGAGUAUAUCACCUCCGAGGAUCUGAGCGAUGUCAAGUGCGAUUCGUGCAAUGAGACGACCAUGCACACCAAAUCCGUGACCUUUGCCAAGCUGCCGGCCUGUCUCUGCAUACACAUUGCGCGCACCGUUUGGCUGCCCACCGGGCAGGUGUGCAAGCGUCAGGACUAUGUCCACUUCCCGGAGAGCCUCUCCAUGGCGCCCUACAGCUUUGUCCAGCCCCAUCUGAACAGUCAGGCGGGCACUCCUUGGGGCUCGACCAUGUCGCUGUACUCGACCAGCCUGCCGAUGAACAACGGCGGCGGCGCCGGCGGCGAGGGUUUCGGUGCAAUGUUUCCCAAAAAUCUUUACCGCCUGCUGGCGGUUGUGGUGCAUUCGGGUGAGGCGAACAGCGGACAUUUUGUUACCUAUCGACGUGGUUCGCUGCGCAAUGCGCAUCGAUGGUUUUACACGUCGGACACGAUUGUGCGGGAGGUGUCCAUUGAUGAGGUGCUCAGCGUGCCCGCCUAUCUGCUCUUCUAUGAUCGCGGCCAGCAGCGACAGCUCCAAAUGCGCUGAGCAUACACAAUCCCCGCUCCCCGCUCCCAGCUCCCAUCCCCCCCUGUAGAACCAGCUGGUGGUGUAGUUGUUAUGUCGGCCUAGUCAUUUUUUUUUUUUUUUGUUCUUGCUCUCAACGUUGUGUUGGAAACUCAGAUUAUUAUAUGAUAUAAUAAUUAAAACGGUGGCCAUAGAAUCCUAUUCCAACAAAAAAACAAAAAACAAAAACAAACAAAACAAAAAGGAAAGCCUUUUAAGGAACUGCAAAGAAAACGGUCUCAGCAAGCACCAAAAAACACACACACUCACACACACACACACACACACACCUGCGUUAAUUUAAGGGCAGGCCUUAUAUGCAUACAAUAGCUACAACUAAUCAUACACACACACAUAUAUAUAUAUAGAAUUUUGUUACAUCAAUGCAUUUAAAAAUUUUUAAAUUGAAUUUGAAAUUCACGUCAUGUGCUUUUUAGAUGUCUGUAUUUAGCGAUAUAGAUUCAAAAAAGCCAAAAAAAAAAAAAAAAAAAUGUUGCUAGGGGUAUUACCGUAAGCAUGAAUCGAUAAUAAGUGUACGGUUUUUUUUUACAUUUGUUCCAAUCUGUUAUAUAGAUGUACUUCCCGCUCCUAAUUGUUUAGGGGUCCGAAUUCGUGGAUCGAUCGUUGCGUUAUAAUCGAUCGCUAUUUGCAUUUAUCGCUUAUCGUGUUGCAAACAGAAUACCCUUGCUCCCAAUGACAACUAUGUACAUGAUAUAUCAUUAACUAACAAUCGCCCAAAACAAUAAUUAUCUACGUUAAACGCUAUAUAAAUAAAGUUCGGAU